CAAUUUUUUACCAAAAUGUUACUGUCCAGCUGAGCCUUAAAUCAUUCUUUAGUGGGACAACAUUAGUUAGUUCAUUGGAUAUCUGCUCAGGUUGGCAGUUAAUGGGGGAUGCCAAGUGUCAUCUGGCAGCAAAAUAAAAUUAAUACAGUAAUGAGAAAAAACAUUGGCACGACUUUGAAGAGAUUGCUUCCGAAGUAUUACAGAUCACGCCAAUUCCAUCAAGGGAGCAGAGUCAACGAAGAUGUUCUAAUUCCUUUAGUGACCGAGAAGAAAGAAAAAGAAGUGGAAUAUGAGGAUCUGGAUGAUGGGGGUGCUCAUGCUAAAAAGUUGUUCAACUACAAACUUGCUAAAACCUUUCUUAUAAUAGGCUCAUGGACCGUCAACGGUUUGAUGAUGGGCAUCAAGUUCCCGACUAUUCCCGAUCUACAAGAGAGAGUUGGCGUUAAAAUUGCGGAUCUGACUGGAGCGGCAGCAAUGAGAAAUGUUGGUUGGAUUAUGGGAUGUAUAUGUGGAGGUAUUAUGUUCGACCGAUUGAGGAAAACGUGGGAUCUGCAAUUGGCUGUAGGGUUCUUUACUCAGGCAUUCUCCGUUGCAUUUAAACCCUGGUGUAGAAGUGUCGAGGCUUUGGCUGUCCUCUAUUGGAUGGAAGGUGCAUCGCAUGGAAUUUAUGGUUUAGUUGGAAAUGGCAUGAUGAUAGCAACGUGGGGUGGAAAUUCAGCGGCCCCCUUGCAAGCUAUGCAUUUUGGAUUCAAGACAGGUGAAUUUAUUGCACCCUUAUUAGCCUAUCCAUUCCUGAGUAAUACAAGAGGAGGACAAGCGACAGUCAACUCGUCUCUCCCAGUCAACGGAACCGGAACUGAAUUUGAUUCCAACAUCGAAGUGCCUUAUUUCAUAGUUGGAGCCGCAGCAAUCGUAACAUCAUUGGUAUAUUUGGUAUUCUAUUUGGCACCACGCCCUAUUGGAUUGACAUUUACCAAUCAAGCAAAAGGAACAAGUCUUAAAGAUCUCCUACAUCCGGGGUCUUUUACUAGGGGCAAUGUGAAAUUCGGUGUGAUUUUGAUGACGUGCAUGUUCUUUUACUACACCUUUGUAGGGACGUAUAGCUCACAUUUUCAUUUACUUCAAGCAUCCAUCGCCACAGAUACAUUAAACGCUACUAAACAGGAAGCUUCCCUUAUCGUAUCAGCCGCUAGAGGCGCCCAAUUAGCUGGUCAGUUUAUUUUCAUAUUAAUUGCAAAGUAUACUCCGAUGCCAUUUGUUGUAUUCACUGUGACACACGCAAUUGCUAUUAUCAAUGUAGUAGCCAUUGUGUAUUCUCUUAAGAGCCUUCUUAAUUUUGGAAUAUUUGGAUGCGUCUUUGAUUUCUUUUUCGCGAGUGUGUGGGCAUCGGGUAUGGCUUGGGCUGAACUAUACAUGGAUGUAACCGGCUCGGCAAUUAUGAUAUGGAAUACAGGGCAUGGUUCUGGUAAUACUCUAAUUGAGUGGGGUAGUGGGUAUAUCUUGCAAAAUUAUGGAGCGAAUAGUGUUAUGGUCCUGAAUGCCAUAUUUGCGGCUAUAACAUGCUUGGUGAUAUACGCCACACAGAGUUUUAUGUCAUAUUAUGGUAAAAAGAGCAGAGAGAAAUCUUAGAAUCACGUUUUCAUAUAAAAUAAUAGCAGUCAUGAUAGGAUUUGUGAAACGUCCAUACAAAACACGGACUUAUUAGGCCAUGUAAUACACAUUAACAGACGCACAAACGGAGAAAUGAAAAAUCAUUUUAAGAGAUUGUUACCUAUAGUUACUAAAGUAACACUGGAAUAAAUGACUACACAAUGGAUACAUUGGGAAAGAUGGGAUGAUAAACGUCUAGAUUAAGAUGUUUUUGAUUAAUUUUAUGAUAAAACACGUAACACGUUGUGUAAACCAAAAACGAUAUAUUGUAGCUCUGUAAAUAUUGAAAUAAAC